CUGAUUGGUGAAAGCGUGCGCGUGCAAGAUCAUGCGCUCUUGUUGUCUUACAGUAGCCGAAUAGCUUUUACUCUUCUGUCGAAGCGAACUUGAUCUAAAUCAUCAGAUAUUUUGCGGUUUUUUGUCAGUAUCACAAUCGCCAAGGGUUGAGGAGAACUGCACAAAGGCUCCUGCAUCCGUUUAGCCUGCUUUUCUUAUAAACAAACAUGAAUCAGUAUCUAUUUGUUCUUCUUUCUUUCGUGCAUGUAUUGGCGGAUCCGGAUUUUGCCAAACUUGAUGGUGCCCCGCCUUCUAAAAUAGCUGUUGUUGGAGCUGGAAUCGGAGGAACCGCUACAGCUCACUUCCUUAGGCAACAUUUCGGACCGGAAGUGAGCAUUGAUGUAUUCGAGAAAGGGUCAGUCGGGGGUCGUCUGGCUACAGUCACUGUGAACCACCAAGACUACGAGUCCGGUGGAUCCAUCAUUCAUUCCCUCAACCUGCACAUGCAAGACUUUGUCCAGCAACUGGGGCUGAAGUACCGAAAGAGUGUGGCUGGGAAAACAGCAGUGUUCAAUGGAGACGAGUUUAUUUUGGAGGAGACGGAUUGGUACCUGUUGGAUUUGUUUCGCUUGUGGUGGCGCUAUGGGAUCAGCUUCAUCCGCCUGCAGAUGUGGGUGGAGGAGAUCAUGGAGAAGUUUAUGAGAAUCUAUAAAUACCAGGCCCAUGGCUAUGCCUUCAGUUCAGUAGAAGAGCUGCUGCACUCUCUUGGGGGUUCAGGAUUUAUCAACAUGACCCGCCGCUCGCUUUCCGAGUCUCUGUUAGAGUUGGGCGUCUCCCAGCGCUUCAUUGAUGAAGUCAUAGCCCCCAUCAUGAGGGUCAACUACGGCCAGAACAUCAGCAUCCCUGCGUUUGUUGGUGCUGUGUCUCUAGCUGGGGCACAGGCCAAUCUCUGGGCUGUGGAGGGAGGAAACAAGCUGGUUUGCUCGAGACUGCUUAAACUAUCAAAAGCUAAUCUCAUCCAAAGUCCAGUUACAAAUAUUACCCUCCGAUCAACAGGUAUUCGACGUAACCGUCAAUGUUUGGUGAAGGCGAACAGCAGUGUGGUCUCAGGCGGCGGUAAUGCGUGGGACGUUUUCUCCAUUACUGACCAGCUUGAUGCUUCUGUGAGCUCACUUGUCAUGAGCUAA